UCAUAAUAUUUUAGAUAAUUAAAACUUACGUGAAGAUUGCAAUGAAGGGGGCCUGGUCGAGGAAUCAUUAGAGAAGAUUCAUCUCAAUGUUCUUAUCUUUUGUGCGACAUGCUUAUAAGAAUCCUCUCAAGAAAGUUUCCACGUGUCUUGAUGCAACAUGAUUGUGGACCUUCCCAAGGAUUGCUUAUGGAGUAUGCUUUCCUAUGAUUAUUAUGGAUGAUGUUUGAUAAACACAGUCGAUGAUAGAAUCGAGUAGACAAAUGCAUGAAAGCUACUGCACUGUUCCUUUCAUUGGGGAAGAUAUUUCUUUCUGGUAGUUAGGUUUAGGAAUUCUAAUUCACUUAAUGUCAUGUAGUUUAGUCUUUUAAGUCCAGGGCAGGGUGCAAGCGGAUCAGGUUGAUUGGGGAUUAUUUCAACCCAAAUCCGAUCCAUAUUUCAAUCAGGUUAAGAAAUUGAAUCCAAGCCUAACUAAAUCCAUUUCAUUCGGUUGGAUCGGAUUGGUUUUAUGAUUUAUUUUAUCAAUCCAUCAGCUAUUCCAGGUCAAGUCUGGUCAAGAAUAAUUUACACAUAAACCAUGGAAAUAUGCACAAAUAGAUUAAUUAUAUCACAAACUUGUUAUGAAAUAAAAUACCAUGUAAAGUAUUAAACAAUGUAUAAACAUCUUUGACAACCCCUUUCACAUAACAUUGUAUUGGCAACCACAUAUUUUAUAUUGUAAUUAGCAAUACUAGUUGAUUAAUUAUAUAAAAGUUGUUACUAAAAGUAAAUAAAAUUAUUGGAUUCAGGGUAUCUAGUGAUCCAAAUUCAAUCCAUGUUUGAAACAAGCCUUCUUUUCAAACCAAAUAACUCUGGUUUGUUUUGGACCAGGUUAUUUUCGGAUCAGUUACAUAUCGGAAGCGGCUCAAUCCAAUCCCCUUGCAGCCCUAGUCCAGCAUCUAGUUGGUUGUUUCUAGUCUAAGAUAUGCUUAAGGGCAAGCAUUAGGCCAUAUAUGGAUCAAGGUAUUGCAUACCAGUGGUGUGCUGGCCUAGCACUGGAAUGGGACAUACGGUACCAUGCUGUCCCAUGCCCACGCUUGUCAUGUUUGGCAUCCAUUGGCAUUAGUCCAUACCCUGCAUGCUGACUGGCAUGAACCAUAUAAGUUUAUGGUGCAAUUGGGCAUGGUUUUGUAUACAACAUCAAGUAUGAAUUAACAGAAGUAAUUUUGAGUGCUUUCAAGAUGACAGAUAUGAAAGGAAGCAGUUCUACUACUAUUUCAGACAUUGCUUCUUUGCACAAGGAAUGGGAUGAGAUUUCAUGCCCAAUUUGCAUGGACCAUCCUCAUAAUGCUGUACUCCUGAUCUGCAGUUCUCACGAGAAAGGGUGCAGAUCCUACAUCUGUGAUACUAGUUACCGGCAUUCAAAUUGCCUGGAUCGAUUUAAAAAACUGAAAGUGACUGAUAGGGACAGCUCUUCUCAGCCAAGCUCUUCCAUCCUUGUGAACUCUGACACUGGAACUCUUGCACUGCGUAAUCCCAAUUCUGAACCUAUUUUUGGGGGCCCAAGGACCAGAAGAAACUUGGUGGAAACCCAUGAAGAUUAUGGCUUUCAAGAAAACAAUGAAGGGAACUCUUCAGGCUUGUUUGAAACAUUGGAAGAUAAUAAUGAUGGCCAAGAAACUGAGAGAUCUCCAGUAGCCCAAGGGGAAGAAAGGAAUGGACUGCAGGAGUCUGGUGGCAAUAAUGCAUCAGAAGGGAACUGCUUGAAGUGCCCCCUUUGCCGAGGAAUUGUCCUGGGUUGGAUGAUUGUUAAAGAAGCAAGACAGUAUCUGGACCAGAAACCGAGGGCAUGCUCGAGGGAAUCAUGCUCAUUUUCUGGCAACUACGUGGAGCUGCGCAGACAUGCCCGGAGGGUCCAUCCUCUAACAAGACCUGCUGAUGUGGACCCAUCACGACAGCGUGCCUGGCGCCGCCUGGAACACCAGAGGGAGUAUGGGGACAUCCUCAGUGCUAUCAGAUCAGCGAUGCCUGGUGCGAUUGUGCUAGGUGACUAUGUUAUAGACAAUGGAGAUGGACUAUCCCGUGACAGGGAAAGCUAUGGAUCAGCUGAAGGGGGUGGGCCAUGGUGGACAACUUUCUUCCUGUUCCAUAUGAUUGGCAGCAGCCCUAUUGGGUCCCGUCAUGAGCCGAGGAGCUCAUCUAGGGCCUGGCGGACGCAUCGACGCUCGGGACACCGUAAUCUAUGGGGAGAGAGCCUAUUGGGUCUGCAUGAUGAUGAUGAUGAUGAUGGGAGCCUAGAUGAUGACAUUCCAAUACCAAGGAGGCGUCGGAGGUUCAUGAGAUCCAGACCUGAUGAGGAGCAGCCAUGAGAAAGAAAUUUUCUGGUAAUAAUAUGCUUUCCGGCUAUACCUGAAGUUUUUCUUUCCCACGGGUCCCUGGUGAUUCUGUAUCUUUUUUUACCUUAAUAUGGAAAAGUGAUCUGACAAUAUUGCCUUGCUCUGCUAAAUGUUAUGUUGGUAGUUUGAGGCUGUUGCAGUCACUGGAUUGGGAAAUUCUGGAGCUUCGAGGGGAUGCUUCUCAAGAUGAGAUUGGAUUGUUGGGAUGGUUUAUUCUGUGUAGAUUUGUUGUACUAGCAAAUAGACUUGUCGUCAGUAAUGAUACAUCAACUUUGUAUGGACAAUUAAACCUUAAGGGUCGUGGGCUGAUUGAGAGCAUGAUUUGGAUGCUUGCACUCUCUAGUUUGGUCUUUGCAAUAGUGCUCAAAAAUUAUUUUAAUGGUGAAACAUGCCCAAGGGGCGUUCAUCAAAUGUAUAGAAUGACAUUUGUAAGGCAUUUCAAGCAUAGGUGUUCUAUUUCAGUGGUUUCAAGUGUUACUAUGAAGAUAUACCCUGGUCGGUUAAAUUAUUAAAUGGAACAUCUUGAGAUUGUGGAUU